CUCAUUUCCUGAUUGGCUGACUGGAAGGUGCCACAGAUAAUUGAGCGGAGGAGACUUCAGUCUUUUGACAGCCACUACGACCUGUUACCCUUCAAAGCGUCGGUCCACGUGGGAACGCAGUCAUGGAGCUACUGGUUCGCUAUCUGGACCGCAGCAAUUUAAAUAACUCCAUGCUGACUUCAGAGGUUUUCAAAGAGGAGAACCUGAGAGAUGACCUGAAGUACUACUUCAUGAGCCCGUGUGAGAAGUACCGGGCCCGGCGACACAUACCCUGGAAACUGGUGGUGCAGAUUCUGAAAAUCGUCAUGAUCACAACACAGCUCAUCCUGUUCGGCCUCAGCAACCAGCUGGUGGUGUCCUACAAGGAGGAGAACAUGAUGACCCUCAAAAACCUUCUCCUGAAGGACUACACCGGCGUGGACGAGGAUGACUACAGUGUUGCUGUCUACACCCAACAACAUGUCUAUGACAGUCUGUUCUAUGUCCUGGAUCAGUACAGCCAGUUGGGCCGGCUCUCUGUGGGUCCCCUCAGUUACGGAGAGGAUGAACACGGCGAUGUGCUGCCGCUUAUCAUCUGUAAAGAAUAUUACAAGAGGAGCAGCGUGGAGCCCUCAAACGAGGCGUAUGAUAUAGACGCCCAGCUGGAGACAGUUUGUAUGUCACAUGAUCCAAAGACCGCAAACCAAUGGAAAACCCAGAACUCAUCCUUUUUUGAUUUGGACUUUUACCGGCUUGUUGACAUUAAAAUAACCUUCCAGCUCAGCGGCAUCAACCUCCAGACUGUGCGUUCACGGGAGUUACCUGACUGCUACUCGUUCUACAUUAUGAUAACGUUUGACAACCAGUGUCACAGUGGGAAGGUGAACAUAUUCCUGGACAUAGACUCUCAGAGCUGUCCGUGUCAAGACUGGAAGAUAUCUGGGACAGCUCAGAAGAACACGCACUAUCUGCUGGUGUUUGACGGCUUUGUCAUUGCUGUUUGCCUCACAUCGGCUGUGCUGUGCAGCCGCUCCAUCGUACUUGCGGUCAGGCUACUUCAGAGAUUCUCCAGAUUCUUCCAUGAGAACUACAGUCGUAAAGUGUGUGAUGAUGACCAGAAUGAGUUUCUGAAUGGCUGGUAUGUGCUGGUCAUUGUCAGCGAUCUCUUGGCCAUAAUUGGCUCUAUACUGAAGAUGGAAAUACAAGCAAAGAGUCUGACCAAUUAUGAUGUGUGCAGUAUCUUUCUUGGAACAUCUACUUUAUUGGUGUGGGUAGGCGUGAUCAGGUACCUGGGAUACUUCCAGAAAUACAAUGUAUUGAUUUUAACUAUGAAAGCAGCCUUCCCCAAGGUCCUGCGUUUUUGCUGCUGUGCCGGUAUGAUCUACCUCGGCUACACCUUCUGUGGAUGGAUUGUACUGGGGCCAUACCAUGAGAAGUUUGAGGGCCUGAGUCGUGUAGCGGAGUGCCUGUUCUCCCUCUUGAACGGCGACGACAUGUUCACCACCUUCGCCCAGCUGAAGGACAAAAACACUUUGGUGUGGCUCUUCAGCCGGGCCUACCUCUACUCCUUUAUCUCCCUGUUCGUCUACAUGGUGCUGUCGCUCUUCAUCGCCCUCAUCACCGACUCCUAUGAGACCAUCAAGAGGUUCCAAAGAGAUGGCUUCCCGCUGACGGACCUGCAAAAGUUCCUCAAAGAGCACAAAGAUUUUCCUGUUGCAGAGGAGAGCAGUCAGAGCGAUAUCCACAUCAGAUACUCUGUGUUGUGCUGCUGCCAACGAAUUCCAGAAAUUGACGAUGUUGUACUGAUCAGCUGACGGCUGUUCCACUGCCAAGUGAACCCGGAUCAGGAAGGAGGAAGCUGAAAACAUGACCGUACACGUCUGAUGCCGACUUCGAGAUCAAACCAUCCACUGCAAAAUCCUUGACUGGGCAGAGUUACUGAUUCUGUGAAGUGCAAUAUGAAAGGAACGCGUAUCAAGUACCCUCUCCUUAACAUGGAACUUGAAGCGGAAAUCAAAUCUGUUUCAGAACGGUAUCAACUGAAGCUCAGGAGGCUGUUUAAGUUCACUGGGCCUUUUGUAAUGUCUGUACAUGCAUGUAUUUGCCAGAGAACUGAAUACAGUGCUAAUAUUUUCAUUUGUCCAUUGUGACUGUCUCCCUUUUAUCCUGCAAGUGUACAAGUUUAGCAUUCUUUUUAUUUGAGUCCAAACAGUAGAUCACAAUAUUAAAUCGGCAGUGGUGGGAACGUGAUUAUUAAAUAUUAACAUUACAACACUUUCCUUAUGAGCUCUGUAAAAAUGUGUAGUGCUCCAAAGGUUUCUGCAAAACACAUUCACAGCUGAGAUUAGUAAAAUGACCAAACCAGAACUACAGUGAGUCAGCUUUAUCAGCAAAUCUACACCAAUUGUUGAAGUUGAGCCAAGCCAGAGCACGACUGAGUACUGUGCUUCUAAUUUGAUCAAAUUAAAUGUGUUUUCUUAAAUUCCAUAACAACCUGGAUAAAAUUCAAGGAGUUGCCAACAAACAGUGGGCUACUUUUUAUUCUGUCUUCAAAACAUCUUUGUUGAUUUCAGUCUGGCUGUGACAAUUGUGUGCUUAUAUUUUUCCUAUAUCCUCCUGAGAACCGAGGGAAAAGUGUCUUCCAACUUCUUACUUUUUGCGAUUUCCUACCUGUUUAGAGUUAAAUAAACAGCUUACUAUUCAAACAUUUUGAAAAUUAUAAAAUAUUUUUGAUUUAAAAAUGUUCAGUAUGUCCAAUGUAGUGGACCUCGGGACAAUUUUUGUGUGAAAAGAUGACAAAAUAUAGAAGAUAAACUAACAAAUUAUGUCUGUAGUGAUAUUAAACCAAUAAUCGGUCAACUUGACUAUUAGACAAUCAUUUAUCAUCUGGAUUGUUUUGCUUGUUGGUUGAAGGAUGGUAGAACAUUUGUUAUUAAAACUGAAUGUCUUAUGUCCAGAACUAACUUGGAACCAAUAUAUUUAUUUUGAUUACCUAAACUAAUCUUUUGUUCAUUCUUUACUGUUCAUUUAUUAUUUUGCAGGUUUUAUUUUUAGCUUUAGAUAUUCCUGGAAAUGUAGAGGAAUAUCAUCAAUUUGUUUCACUUCAUACCAAAUGUUGAGUCAUUAAAUACAUAAAUGUUG